AUGGCCACUGUCAGCUACGACAAUGUCACUCAGUUGCUAGAUGUCCAUGUCAAGAUCGGCGAUAAACUGUACAACGUCAGCAUGUCAGUUGACCUGAGGAACUACCUGCCACAGUUUGUUGCCGUGGGCUUCUCAGCGGCGACUGGUGUGAUAAGCGAGCUGAACGGCCAGAGCCAGAUAUUAUCAUGGUCAUUCAGCUCCACUAUGGAACCCAAGCAGCAAAAGCAACCCCAGAAGAAUAUCUCGGAGGACGCCAGGCUUCCAGAGCUCACGCCUCAGAUGUACAGGACGGUGUCUGAGUUCGCCGUCACUGGACGUGCUGUCGACGCAUUGUCCGUUCAGAGCUCCUCUUCCACGACCACGAUGACAACCGGCGGCCAUUCCAAGCUCUCUGCCGAGUCGGCGUCCUCGGCCUUGCUCCGGGAUUCAAAAGAGUUGGCUUGA